AUGGAUUAUUUGCUCACAGUCGUAGCACUGCUUGUCACAGCCUCGUCCAUAUGCAUCCACCUCCUAAUAACCAGAGCAAAGAAACCAUGUCCGGCCAAGUUGCCCCCGGGCUCCCUUGGUCUGCCGGUGAUUGGACAGACCUUCGGCUUCCUCUGCGCCAUCCGCGCCAACAGCGUUGAGGAGUGGAUUCGGGACCGGAUCAACCGAUACGGGCCGGUUUCGAAGGCGUCGCUGUUCGGCACGCCGACAGUUCUUCUGGCGGGCCCGGCGGCCAACAAGUUGGUCUUCUUCAGCAGCUUGAUGCCGAUGCUGCCCCGGUCCGUCCAGCGUAUUGUCGGGGAGCGGAACGUCGUCAGCCACCACGGCGACAAUCAGGUGCGCAUCCGUGGGGCGCUAUUGGAGUUCCUCGAGCCCGGCAUUCUCAAGAUGUACGUUGGGAGGAUCGACGCCAUCGUGAGGCGGCACCUAGAUGAGAACUGGUCCGGCGGCCGCACGACCGUCACGGUGCUGCCACUGAUGAAGCGGCUGACGUUCGACAUCCUCUGUGCUCUACUCUUUGGCCUUGAGAUGGGCGCCGUGCGGGACGCCCUCUCAGAUGAACUGGAGCGCAUGUUCGACGGCAGGCGAAGCCUCGGCGCCGGGCGAAGGUGUCGACAGCUGCUCCACCGGAUCACGCGAGAGAACAAGGCUAAGCUGGGGGCCUCGCCGAACAACGACCUCAUUAGCCAACUGCUCAGCAUGACAGACGACCAUGGCGAGCAGCUGUUGACCAAUGAGGAGAUCGUCGACAGCAGCGUGGGCACCCUCAUUGCCGGCCAUGACACCACGUCCACACUCAUGACUUUCAUGGUCCGGCAACUCGCCAAUGAUCCGGCCACCCUCUCCGCUAUGGUGCAAGAGCAUGAAGAGAUUGCAAAGAACAAGGCUGACGGGGAGGCUCUGGCAUGGGAAGAUCUGUCGAAGAUGAAGCUCACAUGGCGAGUUGCACAGGAGACACUUCGCAUCGUCCCUCCAGUCUUUGGCAGCUUCAGAAUAGCAAUCGAGGACAUCAAGUUAGACGGCUACUGCAUCCCAAAAGGAUGGCAGGUGCUUUGGGCAGCCAGCCUGACGCAAAUGGACCCUAGUAUCUUCCACGAGCCGGCUAAGUUCGACCCCUCCCGGUUCGAGAGCCAGUCAUCGGCGAGGCCACCAUGCUCUUUCGUUGCAUUUGGUAGCGGCCGCAGAAUAUGCCCCGGGAUAGAGUUUGCCAAGGUUGAAACAUUGGUGACAAUGCACUACCUGGUGCGACAGUUCAGAUGGAAGCUCUGCUGCAAGGAGAACACCUUCAUCAGGACCCCCUUGCCGGUCCCCCUGCAUGGUCUGCCAAUAGAACUAGAGCACAAGCCCUCCCUUAGUCCCUUUAAAUGCGACCAGACCUUAACGUCGGGGCCCAGCGCGACCGCCUCCUGCAGCUCCGCCGCCGGCUGCAGCUGCGGAUCCCCGGAGACGAGGACGCGGCCGGGAUCCGAGGAGGAUGUCGCCUCCGGCCUCCACAAGGUCUACUCCGUGGGUCUCUUCGAAGGCGCCCGCUACCUCGCGGACUGCCUCGAGAUGGCUUCCGAGAACCGCUACCGCUUCUCCUUCAGCAUUCCCGCCUUCGCCGUCAUCCCCAACGAGCAGCUCUACGGCCUGUGA